AUGCCAAAUAUGGUAUGUGAACCGGUGAUCGUUCCCCUGCUGUUCGCCGCCGUGUCGGCUGGCUACCUGGGCGCCCCCGCCGUGGGCAUCGGCUACGCCGCCCCCGCCAUCGCCGCCGCGCCCGUGGCGUACGCCGCCCCCGCCGUGGCUGCCGCCCCCGUGGCCUACGCCGCCGCCCCCGUCGUGGCUAAGGCCGCCGUGCCCGUCGCCACCUCCUACGCCAACACCUACCGCGCGCCCCCCGCACGCGCCGUCGUCGCCGCCCCCGCCGUCGCCUACGCCGCCCCCGCCGUCGCCGCCGCUCCCCUCGCCUACGCCGCCCCCGCCGUGGCUAAGGUCGCCGCCCCCGUCGCCUACGGUGCUUACCUGCACUAA